UGUGACCGCUAGUCUGCUAACCGCUAACAUGUCUAUUGUCUGUGUAACUGGCUGGCUAAAAAGCUAGCCCGCUGACACGCACUAAUAAUGCGUGAAAACUACCAACGAACAAAACGCCACAUCGCUCUGAUUAUAUUAACUAUUAAUACAACAUACGAUUACAAUCACCAAUCUUCGUAAAUGUUGGAACUUGUCUAUGCUGCACGCUGUUUUAGCUUGGCUUUAAUCUAUUUAUUCACACAAUGACCAGAAAAUCGGAAAGCAUGAAUUAAACUUUAUUAAAAGGUCUCGGGGGAAGUGUGAAAGCUAUUGGUUAGAUAACCACACUAAAGCUAUAAUUACGAUCUAGUUACGUAUUUAUUCCUUAUCAGUCUGUAAUUCAUUGGCUAGUGUUUGUUGAAAGUGAUACCACGGAGGUCAGCUGGAGUUCUCACCACGGUAGCUGGCUGGGUUAAGUAAUGAAAAUAUUAAAUAACUCAUCAUGAUGUAAAAUGUGAACGUUUAGGAACUACAGCUUUUUAAAAAACGGAUUCCUACAGACAGGAAUAACAUUCCUUCCCAGUUUCCGGUAGAGCAUCUUGAAAUCAGUAUGGGAUUUCAGUCACGGGAAUUCAAAUAAAGUACGUAAAAUACAUCAAAACAGCAUACCAAGGAGACUGCCUUCACGGGAAAGUAACACUUUUACAUGGACGAGCUACACCGCGCCUGCGCUCCACGCCGCCGCCGUGUCCCCGCCCCCACCGCCGCAAGGCCGCCGCUCGUGCAGCUGGACCCGGGGCGCGUGCGAAAAUGGCCGGCGACGAAGCGCCGCGGCCGCUUGUCCUCCUGCUCAUGUACCUGCUUAUGAAGCGCAGGAAGGACAUGAACGACGCCGAGGCGAAAAGGCGGAAGGAGGUCCGGCGCCGAAUCGCACACAGGCAGCAUUUCCUGCAGAGGCAGCGGAGGAUGCUCAUGGUGCUGAUAGCGUACAGCACGAGUUACCCCUGUAAUCACCGCACACGCGCGUGGACCACCAUCAAGUCCUCGGAUUGGUGGGAACGGGUGGUGAUGAACGAGUUCCAGCCCCAUGAUUGGCUGGAGAAGUUCCGCAUGAGCAAAGACACCUUCUUCUUCCUGUGCGGCAAGCUGAAGGCGCGGCUGGCCAAGCGGGACACGCGUCUCCGGCCAGCGUUGCCCGUGGAGAAGCGCGUCGCUGUGGCUCUGUGGCGCCUGGCCACCAACAUGGAGUAUCGCACCAUCGGCGUCCUGUUCAGCAUGGGCCGCUCUACCGUGUGCAAAUGUGUCCGAGACGUGUGUCACAGUAUCGCCGCCUUGCUGGGGCCGGCCUACCUGCGGCCUCCCGGCGUGCAGGAGCUGGACGAGGCCGCCGGGCUCUACGAGCGGCACUGGGGCUUCCCGCACUGCGUUGGCGUUGUGGGCAGCCUCCACGUGCCCAUCGUCACCCCCUCCGGCAAUACCGCCCGCUACAGGAACAGCGCAGGGUGGCUGUCGGUGGUGCUGCAAGGCACCGUCAACGGGCUGGGCCAGUUCUGGGACGUGUGUGCCUGCUUCCCAGGCAGCACUGAGGACUCGGUCAUCCUGCAGAACUCUACACUGUGGGCAGCGGCCACCGAGGGCGCUCUCUCCCCGCAGACGCCCCGACCUUUUAUGGGCAGGCCGCUCCAGUACCUGUUGUUGGGCACCGAGGCGUACCCGCUGCAGACGUGGCUGCUGAAGAGCUACACUCCCUCACCACGGCUGACGCCAGGGCAGCGGGCCUUUAAUGACCGGCUGAACCGCACGCGGGACGUUUUGGACGCCACCUUCCUGCGCCUCAAAGCCCGCUGGCAGUGUCUGUACAAGCACAAUGACUGUGGCCUGGAUCUGGUGCCAAGCAUGAUCUUGGCCUGCUGCAUCCUGCACAACGUGUGUGAGGUGCACCGGGACAGCGUCCUGGAUGAGUGGCUGGACGAGGUGAGCCGGGACUGGUGUCCGCAGCCAUGCGCCUCGCUGCCCGUCGCCGCCGAUGACCCAGCAGCAGAGGAAGUCCGCUCGCUUUUCUGCGAAUACGUCCUGCAGCAGCAGAAUGAAUAAGACAAUCGGCUCAGGCCUACAUUUUAUUAAAGACUUUUUUUUUUUUCUUACCUGCGUGUCCGUUUUUCUUCCGCAGUUAGUUUUUUUCACCUUUAAGGUGAUACAUGUACUUCACCAGCAGAGGGCAGAGUAUUUUUUUCCCCCAUCAUCUAAAGCAGCGUUUCUCCAACUUAUUUGUCCUGGAGACCAGUCAUGUCAGGCUUUGGGGCUGCAGGGCCCUGUAUAAACGACUGCCCCCAACCCCCCGCAGAUGCAUAUCUGCAUAGAUAGAUAGAUAUUAUUACUAUAGAUAGAUAGUAUUACUAUUAUUAUUAUUUUUAUACCUGACCUAAUCUGACUGAAUUUUGAUUGGUGCAGAAGUGAGGCUCCACGGACCGGCAGGAACUCUCUCAGGGACCGGCAGGAACCCUCUCACGGACCGGCACCGGUCUGCAGCCCAUAGUUUGAGAAACGCCAAUCUAAAGCAUUCAAAAUACCACUAACUGAACAGCAUUCAUAUGAUACUGAUUUUCUGUAUUCUUUUUACAACAAAUGAGUUUGUGCGUCCAUACAAAUUACAAAAAAGUGUCUUUUACUAUAAAAUACAGGAACAGCAGCAUUUUCCCCUCAACUCAGGAAUACAUUUGUAUUUCUGAUUUUUUUCUGCUUCCUAGGUGUUAAAUUGUUUUAUACAAGAGGUUAAAUAGCCAUUUUAGGUGGAGAAUAGCCAGCUGGCUCAAUUAUUUAUACUGUUUUAGUGAGAUAGAAGUAGAGGUGAAGAUUUCAGGUUCAGGAAGUAAAAAUCCAGACCAUGAUUUACUUUCAACCAACCAGGUGAGCAUAAAGAGUCACAGUCACAGAGUACUCAGCUGGUUGGUUGAAACAAAAUCCUGGUCUGGAUUUGUACUCUCUGGACCUGAAAUCUCCACCUCUGGAUAGUUCAUGAUAUUGAACUAGUUGCCACAUUGAAAAGUGUUCAAUAAAAGUUUGGUAAUUAAAAGAGAAAAGUAAAAUACUUUUGACUACCGUUGCGUCAAAGCUGACUAACAU